GGUGAUCAGUCGAGCCCCGGGUCUGAAGCUGGUAGUGGAGACUCUAAUAACGUCUCUGAAACCUAUAGGAAACAUUGUCCUUAUCUGCUGUGCUUUCUUCAUCAUAUUUGGUAUCCUGGGGGUGCAGCUGUUCAAAGGGAAGUUCUUCUACUGCUUUGGCCCCGACGUCAAGAACAUCACCAACAAGUCUGACUGUCUGCAGGCCAACUACAAAUGGGUUCAUCACAAGUACAACUUUGACAACCUGGGACAGGCUCUGAUGUCCCUGUUUGUGCUGGCUUCAAAGGACGGUUGGGUCAACAUCAUGUACCAUGGCCUGGAUGCUGUAGGGGUGGACCAACAGCCAGUGAUCAACAACAGUCCAUGGAUGCUCCUCUACUUCAUCUCCUUCCUCCUCAUCGUCAGUUUCUUCGUUCUGAACAUGUUUGUGGGCGUGGUAGUGGAGAACUUCCACAAGUGCCGUCAGAACCAGGAAGUGGAAGAGGCUAAAAGGAGAGAGGAUAAACGACGGAGACGCAUGGAAAAGAAGAGGAGGGACGCCCAGAAGAUCCCCUACUAUGCCAGCUACAGCCCCCUCCGCCUGUGGAUCCACACUCUGUGUACCACCUACUACCUGGACCUCUUCAUCACCUUCAUCAUCUGUAUCAACGUCAUCACCAUGUCACUGGAACACUACAGCCAGCCACGAUCUCUGGAUCUAGUGUUGAAGUACUGUAACUAUUUCUUCACAUCCACCUUUGUACUGGAGACCCUCCUGAAGCUCACCGCCUUUGGCUUCCGACGCUUCUUUAAAGACAGGUGGAAUCAGUUGGAUCUGGCCAUCGUGUUGCUGUCAGUGAUGGGCAUCACUCUGGAGGAGAUCGACUACAGCGCUUCUCUCCCCAUCAACCCUACCAUCAUACGCAUCAUGAGGGUGUUGAGGAUCGCACGAGUUCUGAAGUUGCUGAAGAUGGCUAAAGGAAUGAGAGCUCUGCUGGAUACGGUGGUCCAAGCCCUACCACAGGUGGGGAACCUGGGCCUGCUCUUCAUGCUCCUGUUCUUCAUCUAUGCAGCACUGGGGGUUGAGCUGUUUGGAGAACUGGUGUGUAACGAGGACUACCCAUGUGAGGGGAUGAGCCGCCAUGCUACCUUUGAGAACUUUGGCAUGGCCUUCCUCACUCUGUUCCAGGUCUCCACAGGGGACAACUGGAAUGGGAUCAUGAAGGACACGUUGAGGGAGUGCCCUCCGGACUACGGCCCUGACUACUCCUGCAACCCCAGCCUGCAGUUCAUCUCUCCCAUGUACUUUGUGUCCUUUGUGUUGACGGCCCAGUUCGUCCUGAUUAACGUGGUGGUGGCGGUGUUGAUGAAGCACCUGGACGACUCCAAUAAGGAGGCCAAGGAGGAGGCAGAGAUGGACGCUGAGAUUGAGCUGGAGCUGGCCACGGGGGCCCUAUGCUGCAUGGGGCCGGAGGGAGUCUGUGCAGGAGGGAAAAAAGGUGGAGGAGCAGGGGGAGGUGGAGGGGGAGUUGGAGGAGGAGUGGAUAGGGGGAUGGGAGUCCCAGGCAGUUCCUCCGGGGGGAAUAUGCAUCAUCACGUGGCAACGACGCAUCCAGGAACACUGCAAGAUCCGAACAAUCGUGAUCCCUACUCUCCUGCACAGGUGAGAUGGAUGGAUGAAUACAUUUCUGUCCAUAUGGGUCUGUCUGUUUCUGUCUAUUUGUCUUUCUAUUUGAUAUUAUAGGAAUUACACAUAUAAACAGUCUGACACACCCGUGUGUAGUACAUAGACGUAAGGUUGAGGUCAUUAUGACAGGGAGAGAGAGGACAAGAACAAGAAAAGACAGAGGAGACAGAAAGAUAAUCAGAGACAUUUAGUCUCCUUCCCGUUCUGACAUCCUCAGUGUUUUAGACUGACCGCCCAUCAGUCCUGUUUAACUCAGUUUGUCUGCUGGUUCACUCAACCUUUCAUAAUGUAAUACAAAGGAGCCAGGGACGAUAUG